AUGACCGACACAACAGGUCCAGUGGCGCAUCGCAUUCGUGAAAAGCUACUGACCGCCUUCUCACCGCAGCAUCUGGACGUGGUGAACGAAAGUUACAUGCACAAUGUGCCCAAGGGUUCCGAGACGCACUUCAAGGUGGUGGUGGUGACCGACCAAUUCGAAGGUAAGCCAUUGAUCCAGCGUCAUCGCAUGGUCAACGCCGUUUUGCAGCAGGAGCUGGACGACGGUGUGCACGCGCUCAGCAUCCUCAGCAAGACGCCAAAGCAGUGGGAAGCCAACGCCAUGGUCAAGCCCUCGCCUAGUUGUCGUGGCGGCAUGGCAGCGGACGAGACGAAAAAGGAGUUUCUGGAGAGUCUGAAGACGAAGAACCAAAGUGAGUAA